AGUUUCCGGUUGCCACAGUGAUGCUACACAUAAACUUCAUUGAACCAUGCAGGCCAAACAAGAACAGACAUUAUUUUCGUGUGCUCUGGACGGAGAUUUAGAACGUAUUCAGUGUUUAAUAGAGGAGAAGAACGUUUCUAUUAAUACAGACAGCGUGGAAUUAGAUGAUAUUUUGUGGGAGACCGAUGAGGUGGGCAGGAACGCUGUGUUUGUAGCUUCUAUGCUAGGUAGGAGCAGUGUAGUACAGGAGCUUGUGACGAAAAAGUGCGCAGAAGUAAAUGCAUCCACAACAAGAGGGUACUCACUGUUGCAUUGCUCUGCAAUGUGGGGUCACCUGGACACAGUGAAAGCCCUCAUCGAGCUUGGUGCUGAUUUGCAUGCCAUCAGCUUCCGUGGGGAGACAGCAGUUGAUGUAGCUCGUCGCUAUUCCCAGUCGGAAUGUGUCGAUCACCUCGCUUGGGCAGAUGCUAAGCAAAGUUUGGAAGCAUCCAUAGCUCAAAUCAGGGACAUCAUGGCUGAUCCAGAGAAGGGUCAGGAGAAGCUUAAUAAGGAGGACAAGAACACGUGUGUAAAAAUCUGCUCUGCAAAGACAACCUGGAUUCAGAAAACGAAAAAUCCAACAACCCAGGAGUUUAUAGAGCAGAAAAAGGAACUCGAAGAUGUUCUUGCUCCAAUUCUGGCAAAGCUUGCUACAGUAUGAGUUUCUACUCUAAUUACAUGCACAGCGUUCACUAGAGACUGGCUUGAACUGCUAAAAUAAUAAAAUCUAAUCACACAUGUU